CUCGGCGCGAGCAGUUCAAACGCACAGAUAAAACCGAAAGUGAGAGAUAUUUCUAAAGCAGUUUGGACAUAUUUCGCAUUUUCACGCCCGCCUAAAAGCUCGCUACGUCCAAUGCGCCCUCAAAGCGGUUUGAUAGCGGUGGCGCUUGUGCUGCUGCUCCUACUGACGGCACCUUCCAGUGCGGCGGAUGUGGAGGCCGAGUCCUCUGCCAGUCCACUGCCGCCGCAAGACGAUCAGCCGCGCCGGGUGGUGAAGCGGGCGCCCACGUCCAGCUUCAUCGGGAUGCGAGGCAAGAAGGACGAGGAGCGGGACACGUCGGAGGGUAAUUGGCUGGGACCAGGAUCCGGACCCGAUCCCUUGGACUACGCCGACGAGGAGGCGGACAGCUACUACUCCGAGAACGGGAGGCGGCUGAAGAAGGCGCCGACGGCCUUUGUCGGAAUGCGCGGCAAGAAAUUUAUCCCGGUCAAUGCCCGCCUCAACGACUUCCUGCAGAAUUUGGAGGAGGAUCGACUGCGGGAGAGCCUGCUGCAGGACUUCUUCGAGCGGAUAGCCACCGGUGAUGGAUCCUCGGUGGGCAAGCGAGCGCCCACGGGAUUCACUGGCAUGCGCGGCAAGCGUCCCGCUCUCCUAACCGGAGACGAUGACGCCGAAGCGGAUGAGGCCAUGGAGCUCCAGCAGAAGCGGGCGCCGGUCAACUCCUUUGUGGGGAUGCGCGGCAAGAAGGAUGUCUCCCACCAGCACUACAAACGAGCGGCUCUCUCAGAGUUCUUGCACAAUUUCUUUAAAAAGUCCUACGACUUGAGGGGAAAACAGCAGCGCUUCGCAGACUUCAACAGCAAAUUUGUGGCUGUGCGCGGAAAGAAGAGCGAUUUGGAGGGAAACGGAAUCGGAAACGGGGAGAUCCAUCAACAAUCUCUGGUACAUCCAUGGCUCUACCUCUGGGGAGAAAAGCGGGCGCCGAACGGAUUCUUAGGAAUGCGGGGCAAACGAUCAGCACUUUUCGAGUAGACAUUGUUGAAUUAUUUAAAUGAUCUUGAUGGAAGUUCCUCUUAGAGCUACGAAACUAAGACAACCAAGAGUGGAUGGACGCAGGGGACCGGGAGAGCAGAUAUGGAAACAGAAUGGAUCACACGAGUGUUUCAAAUAAUCACAGGGCUGGAGAUUAUUUCAAACACGGACACACAAAAAUAAACACGGAUAAGAUUUGCUCUGUUAGUCGACACAACAUUUCAGCUUAAUGUAUAAACGAGACUUGCAAAUAAUGUUUUGUAAAUUUAAUUGGAAUUGAAUGAUGCUUCAAAGAUUGAGUGGGUUCAAUUAUACUAUUUGCAUAUCUAAGUGUAAACUUUUAAUCAAAAUUACAAAGAACAUUAUACUAGAACAAAUUGAAGAGCACGAUCUAAGAAGAAAAAGGGGAAACAUUUAUUUAUUUUCAAAAUAUAUUUAAAGAAUACAUUUCAUUGUGGUACAUAUACGUAUACAAGAGAUAUAUACACCUACAUAAAUAGCACAAAUAAAUAUUGUAAAUAAUGAAUAAAUAUUUAUUUCAAAAA